ACCAAGACUUCCAGUUUCAUUUCUGCUUUCCACAAAGAGCGUCUCACAUCUGUACUGUGCAUCUGCAGUGAACGGGAUCUCCGCUCAUUUUUUCUCAUCUGUCUACAACAGGAGAUCAGAAGACCAAGUGUCCACCAUGAACCCCAGGCUCACCAAAAACCAGCAGAGAACAAUCUGCUCUCAGCUGGGAAGAUUCAGACUGCAGCUGCUGUACAAGGCCAGCAUCCACGGCUUCACCGGUGCAGCAUUUCACCAACGUUGUGACAACCGCUCUCCCACUGUGUCUGUGGGCUACAACAACUCUGGUUAUGUGUUUGGAGGCUACACCAAACAACCUUUUAGUCAGUCUGGACAGUACGUGAAUGAUGAUCAGGCUUUUCUUUUCACAUUCAGUGGAGAAAAACUCCUCAAAUAUCCAGUUACUGGUCCUGGAUAUGCAGUAAAAAUGGUAGCUAACUCUGGUCCUUAUUUUGGAGAAGCACUGGCUCUUGUCAGUGGAAGCAAACCCGUAGUUUAUAACAAUCCAGGAAAUUAUUACAACUUCACUGCUGCAGAAAUGCAUGGCAAUGACCUCAACCUGACUGAGUGUGAAGUCUACCAAGUGGAAGAAAGCACUGAACUGGAGAAGCCAUGGAGGACAAUAAUGUGGGAAUCUCAGAAGAGGAAGGAGCUGAUUGAGAGCAUUAAAAGCUACAAACCCCCAGUCAGCUCUGUGACCAAGGCUCGGGUUUUACUCAUUGGACCAGUUGGAGCUGGAAAGUCCAGCUUCUUUAACUCUGUCAACUCUGUAUUCAGAGGACACGUCACCAGUCAGGCCAUAUCUGGCUCCUCCACCACCAGCCUCACCACACAGUUUCGCACCUACUCUGUGAAAGCUGGGCGUGAAGGGAAACCUCUGCCAUUAAUCUUGUGUGAUACCAUGGGACUGGAGGAAAGCAAAGGGGUGGGGCUUGACAUUGAUGACAUGAGCAGCAUCCUCAAAGGUCACCUGCCAGACUGUUAUCAGUUCAACCCUUCAGCUCCUCUGCAUGCUGAGGCUCACGGCUAUCACAGGUCUCCAGGACUCAAGGACAAGAUCCACUGUGUGGCCUAUGUCAUCGAUGCCUGCAAGAUCUCCAUCAUGCCCAAAGGGCUGGAGGAGAAGCUAGACUCUGUCCGCAGAAAGGUCAACUUAAUUGGUAUCCCUCAGCUGGUCCUCCUCACUAAAGUAGAUGAAGCCUGUCCACUGGUGAAAGAGGAUGUGACAAACAUUUAUAAGAGUGGCUACAUUAAGGACGUGAUGCAGGAGGUCAGCUCUCGGCUCGGUGUGCCGCUGUCCUGCGUUGUUCCAGUGAAGAACUACAGCGAGGAGUUGGAGCUGGAUAUGGAUUGUGACAUCCUGUUGCUCAGCGCCGUCAUUCAGAUGCUUCGCUUUGUUGAUAAUUAUUUUGAUGAGGUCAGUGACAGAUUGAACAUCAAUCAGUCACUGGCCUCAGAUCUGGUGAUCAAACUGUCAAACCAGCCUAAAAUCUAAACCAACUAACUGCUGAUUUCAAAAGUCAGACGUAACGGUCCCAGAUGGCCUUUAGUGAACUAGUAUUGUGGUCCCACCAUCAUUUUCCAGCCCUCCACAAUGAUUUCAAACUAUUUUGUACAUAUACACUGUUUGACCUAUUGCCUAUUAUUGAAGGAAGCAAACAAACAAACAAAAAAAAGCCUGACCAUUAAAAUCAGUUUGGCUUGUGCCCAUCAAGCAUUUGUGCUCAGGGGACUGUACCUCAGUGAUCCAGGCAUGCCCAUCAGGGUAAACUGCAAGAACUUGCUCUGCUGAUUUGCAGGUACAGCCUCAGCUAUAUCUUGUGUUUAGUGCUAUUCAGUAUGUGUUUAUAUAAAGGCACGUUUUUGUAGUAGUUUAUUUUUUAAUUUCCGCAGGAGCCAAUUAGCGCUGUUGGCUAUAAGUUGGAACCAGCCUAUAUCAAGUCAGCUGUUAUGGCAGAAGUAAACAGUUUUUGACUUUUGGUUCUGUUUGCUUGCUCGGUUAUUAUUGGAAACAUGUUUUAGUAUUAAGCUGCUUGAAAUUAAAAAACAAAAACAAAAAACUAAUUCUGACAGACAUGAUCAAAUCUUUGUUUUUUGUAAUUUUGCCUCUGUGCACCACCAGAGAGGAUUUUAAAUUCUGGUUAAAGUGCAGACUUUCAGCUUUGAUUUGAGGGGUUUUACAGUGACUGCCUUAAGUCUAGCUCUCACCAGCUGUUGCAGUUUCUUCUUUGAUAUGCUCUGGCAGGCCUUUACUACAGCAACCUCCAGUUGCUGCUUGUUUGUGGGUGUCUCUGCAUUCAGUUUUGUAUUUAACUGAAAAACAUGCUGCAUUGGGUUGUGAUCAGGUGACUGACUUGGCCACUGAGGAAUAUUUCAUUUCUUUGCAUCUUGCUGUAAACUCUGUAUUUCCAUUCAAAGCUUGCUUGUAGACCUUGAUAAUGACAUGCCUACUUCUUUGAGUGUUCUUGAAUUGUUAUUUGUUGUGAAAUUGUUUUUCUUAACCAUGGAAAUAAUUCUAUUUAGUGGAUUUAUUCACUGUAGGAAUGCACCAAAUUGCUGAUUUGGCCACUCCCAAAGUUUUUGCUUGCUAACUGAUCGGUUUGUUUUUUCAGCGAAUGAAGGGCUCCUUCACUUGCAACCAAACCUCUUCGGCACACAUACUAAGAAUUCCAGUGUAAAUAUACCAAAGAACAAGUUCAACAGAGAUCUUUUGUCUGAUUAAUGUCACUGAAUACUGAGGUAACAAGUAUAACCUGGCUGAUUAUUUUUGAGCCUCGAAAAAUGGGGGACUCCGUAUAAAAAUGGCUGUAAUGUAACAGUUGAUGCAGCGCUUUUGUUAAACCUCUUGAAUUCAAGCUGCGCUUCAAUCACCUCAUACAAAGGUGAAGUAAAAAAAAUUGCAUUAUUGUCCAAAAACUUAUGGACCAAAAUGUACAGUCAGCAAUCUGCGCACACACAAAUUAAUAUAACAAAAACAGAAAUAACUGCAGGUGCAAGUACAAAAAUAUAUAUUUGGAAUUAGUCAAAUAAACCAGCUUGCGCUGUUUGGAAUACAGAAGUAGUUACUCACAUUGCUGCUGAACAAUAUGAAAUUUUAUGACUCUACAUUACCCAGUAUAAAAAAUGUUUUGGCAGGUAAAUGCACAUUUGUAUGUCGUAUACAUUUCAGUUGGUUUUUGUGUCAGUUUCAGUAAUAAAAUCUCAGGGAGCACAGAUAAAGAGAAAAAUCUGAAAUUUAUUAAUGCAGCUCAGACAGUUACUGUACAGCAAAUAGUGUUGGAGUCAGACCAGCAGAGGAGCAGUCGCUCCCUGUGUAACUGUGGUGUUACAACCAACUGUAAACUACACAACACACCUGUAAUCCGACUCACUGCCUGCUUGUGCAACAUUAAAAUUAACUGAAUUAAA